AUGGGCCGGUUCAAGGAAUCCACGACCCCCGCUGACGCGACGAAGCCGUCUGGUAGCAAAGCCCAGGCGAAGAAGCGCUCACGUAAUGAAGAGUCGGAAGAGGAAGACGAAGAAGACGCCGAAGAAGGCGACGAAGAUGAUGAUGGCGAUGACGACGAGGAGAACGAAGAUGACGACGACGAAGACGAAGACGACGACGAAGAAGACGACAAACCUUCUCGAAAGAAGCAAAAGAGGCAAGACGACGCCGACGAUGAUGAUGACGAUGAUGACAAUGACGACGACGACCAUGUCACGUUAAACCAGGACGACUUGAUCGGGGUGGACACGAGCAACAUUAUCCCCCGAGCGCGACGACGUGCAGCUGUGGCAGCGAUGGCACUGCCCAUGAACGACGACGAGGAUCAACGGGAUCCUCAGGAUGCACCGCAGAGCGAUGACGACGAAGAGGCUGAGUUCUAA